AUGAGGAUUUUGCAGCUAAAUCUCUGUCUACUUAUAUGGUGUCAAGCAGCAGAGACUUUAACAGAUCAGCUAAUAAAUUUGGGGCAAAAUGUGACCAUAAACUGUGAUCUUACAAAUGAGGUUUAUUGGUUUUUACUGAAACUUCCAUUUUCUUCAGUUAUGAUAUUACGCUCAUUCUCAAACCCAAUUCCUUUUUACUAUAAUGCAAGUUACAAACAAAAAUAUUCAGUGACCUCUAAACAUCUGUUCAUUAAUAAUGUCACUACGGAUGAGUUAGGAGUUUAUUUCUGUAUGAGCCCAGAUGGAAGUCCACAUUUCAGCAACGGCACCAGACUGUACAUCAUUGAACCAGCUCCACCAACUGAGUGUCAGAAUUAUACAGCAGUGCAGUAUAUUCAGCAGAAUCAUACAUCGAUGAAGUACAUUGAGCAGAAGCAGACGUCAUGGCAGACUCUUACCCUCAUAUCUGGCCUGAUAAAUGCUGUUUUAGUCAUUGUUGUCAUAGGACUAUUGAAGCAUGCUGAAGAGGACUCUUCCAUGCUGUAUACAAAUAUUCAUCCUGGUCCAGUCAACAGCACUUAUGUUGCUUUGCAGCUGCCAAAACCAUAA